AUGAACAUGAGCCGAGAUCCAUUUGAAGAUGCCUUCAUUAAGAAUUUUACAUCGGUUGUACUAGGUGUCAUUAUAACUUACAUCAAUGGCAUUUUUGUGCAUGCCUUUUUUAAGACUCAGAUUUUCUACACUGAUCCAAGAUAUAUUCUAUACAUUCAUCUUGUCAUCAAUGACAUAAUGAUGCUUUUCAUUGCAGUUACUCUGCAAGUUAUGUCUUACACCUUACCACUUGUUAAUGUCACAGUUUGCUGUUUUCUGCUUCUGUUGGCCUCAACAACCUCAGGCAACACGCCACUGAAUCUGGCUGGAAUGGCCUUGGAACGAUACAUUGCAAUCUGCAAACCACUCCAUCACCCUCAGCUCUGCACAGUAAAAAGGACCUACUUCUGCAUUGGUUUGAUAUGGCUGCUUACCACUGGGUCUGUGCUAACAGAUAUCAUUAUUUCCUUACUGUAUCAACCCAUCAGUUUUUUCUUGACAUCAACUAUGUGCUACCUCAAAAACAUUUUUGGCUCCAAUGAGCACCUCAUCAAAACAAUCUUUACACAGACAGUGCAUUUGUCAAUUGUCUGGAUAACACUUAUUUUCACUUACUUUAAGGUUCUGCAGGCAGCAAACGCUACAACUACUGACCAAGUCAUGGCCAAAAAGGCUCGGAAAACUAUUCUUCUCCAUGGCAUACAGCUUCUUCUCUGCAUGCUUGCUUAUGUCACACCAAUUAUAAACUAUUUUUUCUUAGCAUUGUUUCCUAAAUAUAAAAGUACAUUUAUGUUUAUCACCUAUAUAUUUUUUGACAUAUUUCCCAGACUACUAAGUCCUCUUAUUUAUGGAGUCCGUGAUAAAAAAAUGUUUAAAUAUGUUAGCACAUAUUUGCUAUUUGGUAAAUUUAGCACACUGGUUGGGCCAGCAGGCAAGGAACCAAAGCAAACCAAAUAA